GAGUUUUCCCCCAACAUUUCUUGGUCCUUCGGAGCCGGAGCGCCUCCAUCGUGUCCCAUCUCCGUGACCAGUCCACGUUGCUCGUCUGUCGACAGCCCACAUACUAGGUGUGUGGUCAAAGACCAAGGGCGUUAAAUUCGAGUCUUGGCCAACGUUCUUAGAAAGCGACCCACGGUGGUGGGGCCCGAUCGAGGUGGACCAGACCCGGCGACACUGACCAGUGUCUUGCAGACUAAAGCCCGGUGACUGGGUUCUGAUCAAGGUGCUCCAAAGGAAAAACUGGAGCACACCCAGGUGGGAGGGACCAUACCAAGUCCUCCUCACUACACCGACCGCUUGCAAAAUUGCGGAACGACCAUCCUGGGUCCAUCAGAGUCACUGCAGGCGUGUCAGUGAAGCCAUCUAAACACAGCUGACGGCAGGCUUGCCCGCUUGUUGUGAUCUCGCCCGGUGGAGGGGUCAGCUUUCCUGGCCGGGGGUCUACUCGCGACAGGAGGGUGUGUUCCGUCGUCAUGACGUGGUGGCUCUUAUCAACUGCAGCGGCCCUGACCAUGGCCGGGCUCCUCACCUUUGCUUCCGUGAGGGACAACAAGUCACGCUACAUGGAGAAAAGGCAGACACUGUAUGACAAAGGAAAGUACACCAAGUUUCCCCAUGGAUACGCCACUAACUUCUGGUGGCAGUUUAUGAACACUACAGCUCACUUGAAUAACAAAACUGACUGCUAUGCAUGUACCCAUAUGCCCCUAUCCUCGCAGACGUCUGGCCUGUGGCCGUACAGCAUACCUGAAGAUCGCAGUUGGUGCCUGUUGGGCCUGGCAACACAUCCAGGCUACGGUACUCUUUGGUCCAAAGCCAACUACAGCAUCCCAGCAAAAGCAACCUGGAGGUCAUCAUCACUCACAAAUGUGAACUGUUCCGGACAGACCUACCUACUUACCUGGCCCCAAGUCUCAGACCCACUGCCUGAUGUAAUUCUACUGAACAAACUGAACGCAUCACAACUGCCAGUAUGUGUGAUGAACAAUGGAUCGCGGGCAGUGGGGGAGCUGCCUACUCACCUAUGUAAGUCCAUAUACACUUUCUGCCCACCAAGGAACGAGAGGAAGUGUAUGGCCUGUUCAAUCAACGCCACCUGUGCCAGUGACACGACGCUGAUGGGCCUAAACUGUCGCUCCGACUACAGCUACCGAAUGCCACUAAAAACAAAGACUCAGUACCAGACAGGAUGUGCACGGACGGCACCCAGCAGCAGAGGAACCAGAGUUUUGGCUGACUGGUACUUCCUAUGUGGCAACAAGGCUUAUCUGUCACUCCCUGAAGGUUGGGGAGGUCUGUGCGCCCUGGUGGAAUUAUCAGAUCACGUUUUCUUCAUGCAAAGUGUUGCACAUCACCCAAGCAGCCGGCAGAGACGUGAAGUGGACAUCGCCUCCCCCAAUUCUUUCGGCAUUACCGUGGACACUGGAGUGCCGGGAGAGUUUCGCAUCUGGGGAGGAGGAGUGAAAUUCUUACAGAGCUUGAUCCCCGGCAUUGGAGUUGCCGAGGUGCGGGAUCACGUGGAGAUCAACCGAUAUGCUCUGCUACGACACAUCAACUUGACUAAGACCCUGGGAACUGCCUUAGCAGGAGAACAGCAGGCCAUCAGAACGAUGGUGCUGCAGAACAGACUGACACUAGACCUGCUAACAGCAUCACAAGGAGGAGUUUGCAAGCUGAUCGGGGAAACAUGUUGCACUUUUAUCCCUGAUGGAUACGAAACUGGAGGAGACAUUUAUGAAGCUUUGCAGAAUUUGACCGCUCUGCAAAAAUAUGUCACUGACCACACACCUGGAGCAGCUACAGCACAAGGCUGGCUUGACUGGCUGUUCAGCGGUUCAUGGCUGGCUGCUGUAGCAAAGCCAUUUUUUCUUCUAGGUCUCAUCAUGAUAGCACUGCUCAUAUUAGUGUUGUGUGUCUUGCCAUGCCUAAGAGUAAUGAUUUCAAAGAUGAUAACAACUACAAUGACUGCUUAUGUUGCCGUGCCUCAAGAAGAACAACAUCCCGUUGCAAUUCUGUUAGAGGAGAACUUGUACUAGCUGCUAAUAAAUGACGUGGUGAUUAAAAAUGACUUGUCAAGUGAUCAUGCACUGAUUAAAACAUUAGUA